CAUCCCCAAAACCACAUCCUGAAUCACAUAAGCGGUGGGGGUGCACCCAUAGAAGCAUAACACAGGAAAGAAGAGAAGGGACAAGAGGUAGGAAAGCAGAGACUGAGACACAUCGUAACAACACAAGCAAAGGACAAAAAAGAAAGGCGUAAUUCAAGUACACACAUAGACAUAACAGGGGACAGGUCAUAAGGUGACACACAGAUAUUCUUUCUGACCCAAAGCAGGCUACCACACCCUGACAGAGGACCACAGAAUCACAUGCGCCCAGAGACGCAGUAACCGUACAAGAUGUCAGACAAUGAGGAGACUCGAUUAGACGAAGGGAGUGAUGUCCAAAAGCCGGAGGAGAGUCUGGAAGAGACCCAGAGAUUGACCACUCAGUGGAGUGUGGAGGAUGAAGAGGAGGCUGCCAGGGAGCGGCGCAGGCGUGAACGUGAAAGGCAGGAACAGACAGGCAACAAAGGACAGGCGGUAGAGAACUUCACCGAUGAGACCUCCUCAGAAGACCAUGUGGGAUUGAAACCAUCUGGUCCCUGGGAGAAUGAGGAAGAUGAGGGAUUCAGUGACUGGUCCCAGAAACUAGAGCAGAGAAGGCUUCAGGGGGCAUGUUAUGUGCCCAGAGAUGAAAGAGAAGAGCCAAAGGGUGUAGAAAACCAGGAGAAUGGCUACCUUAGAAACACACAGGACGAAGAAAGCCAGGAAACUAGAGCAACGGGGGAGGAGGAGAACGAGGAUGCAAAAGUCCCCAAUUUAAAACGGGAGGAAGAAGAGGAGGAGGAUGAGGGAACAUCCCGAUGUGAAGCAUCAGAGCUCAUUAAUGAACCUGAUCAAUACACCCAUGAGCAAUACAGCCCAGAACCCUGUUCCCAGGAAGUGCCAAUCUCUACCAAGCAAUGGUCAAGGUACCCGACAAGAGAGUAUGAAGAAGAUGAAGAAGAGAAGGUAGAAGGCAGAGUCCCAAAUGCAACAGCGCAAGAUGAUAAUGCAGACUAUGACAAGACAGAAGAAAGAAACACAUCAUGGGUAUCCAGACCAGAGAUACAUACAGAUUUGGCCAGUGACAGAUGUGUAAGGGAAGAAGAGAACAGACGCAGGCACUCGGUCAGUAGCAACGGGGAGGAGUGUGAAGGCGGCAUCACAACAACUAUUAAGGUAUCAGAGAUGGCUGAGAAUCUUAGCCGCACCAUUGAGAAGAGUAACAGUAUAAAGAAGAGCGACCCCCCUCUUCUAGUCAGCAAGAUUGAUGAACGCCUGGAGCAGUAUACACAUGCCAUUGAGGUAUCUACCAAACAACCGCGGUUGGCUCGUCAACCAUCUUUAGAACUCCUGAGUCCUGCAGAACCCGUGUCGAACAAGAAGAAUCGCUGGGAGAUAGGCGAAGUGGCUACAGCAGCCAAGCCAUCCCCAUCCAAGGAUACAGAAGGGAUCAACAUUGCUGUGUCAGAUCUGAUCAGUCAGUGGGCUAAAGGAAAGCCGGAUCCUGACAGCCACCUUUCCCCUACCAAGCCCACGGAAGUAAAGCCUGGAGAUGUAUUGAAUAAGAAGAGUCUGUGGGAGCAGGGCCCAACCUCCGGAUCAGUCGCCAAGAGUUCCACUGCUAGUAAGAAAUACAAGUUUGUUCCAAUUGGACAUGGAAAAUAUGAGAAGGUUUUGGUGGAUGAACCAUGAGUAUCCUUGCGUUACAAUCGGAAUUUUUGAAGAAACCUGCAGAACCUUUUGCACAGCCGACCACUCGGAUGCUGAGACGGUUGACCUGUGAUGGAUGCUCAAACCAUGUAGCCCUUACCUCCCUCUGCCUUCUCAAAAGCCAAUCUCUCAGCUUACACACAGCAAACGCAAUCCUCAAAAACAGGUGCCAAGCCGUCCAAUCAGUUGCUCCUGUGUCAUAAAAUGUUUUGCUGCUGGAAAUGACACUUAUUGACGGCCGCGUAUUCCCCCAUUGAUACUCAUUUAACCCUAGGGUGGCUAGCAAUGCAUAUUGCACUUUCCAAAGGUCUGUCGCCAAAUGGGACCAUUGUGCGCAGCUAAAUAGUCUUACAAAUUCCAACAAUUUUUUACUUUGGUAAUUUUAGUCUGGUUACAUCCUCAAAAUUCUCUAGCUUGUUGCCCGUUGUCUGCCAUAAAGGUAUAAGACAAACCUCAGCUCUUUAGCAAUGAAAGAGUUAAAGCUUUGCAUCUGGUGCAAUGAUAAUAAAAAAAGGUUAAUGCUUCUCUAUGCUUAAAGCUCAUUCUGUAUUAUUCCAAAGGCCCAGGUGAUACAAUAAAUGAAUAAUCUGUAUAGUGACAUCUUUUCCUAGUUAGCAUGUCAAAUGAUGUACAAGUCGCCCAAUUCCCCUGGAACUCCUCGUUUUUUUUAUUCACUUUUUUAUGCUUUAUAAAUAAAGUACAAAUGUGUUCAUA